AUGCGAAUCGCGCACAACCCCCCGCUUCGCGUCCCGCAGCUCGGCGCGGACGCGAGCGGGCGACCGUACUGGGUCUCCCACGGCAAGCUCUUCUGCGCCGACCCGCGCGAGGGCGCGGGCGGGGUGACCCACGUCACGGACGAAGCCGCGUGCGGCGCCUUCGCGCGUCUCGGCCCCGUCGUCGGGGACGAGAUCCCGCAGCACCCCAUGGACGCGAAGAUGUUCGCCGUGUUGAAGCACACGGGCGCGGUGACGGAGCGAGGGAUCGCGAAGAUUGAGAACGACGCGAGGACGGCGUGGGAGUUGGCGGCGACGGCGGCGAGGGAAACCGCGACGGCGGGGGCGUCGCCGCCCGUUCUUCGCGGCGACCGACGCAGCUCGAUUCGAUUGCGAUUCGAUUCCGGCAUCGACGGCGGCGGCGACGACCUCGACGUCGCGAUGGACGUCAUCGUAUCCUCUUACGACGACGGCGACGACGACUUUUUCCGCGCGGACGGGCGCCCGCGGGGCCUCGCGGCGGCGACGGCGAUGUCCCGCGCGGUGGCGACGACGACGGGGGGAGAAGACGGCGUCGUGGACUGGCGAGGCGACGCCGCGUGGAAACUCGCGGUGGAGUACGACAACCGCUACGCCGUCGCGCGUCACCUCGCGCUCGCGAGAGCGACGGGGUUGGACGCGACCGUCGCGCAGCGCGGCCCGAACUUCAUCGACAGGGUGGCUGCGGCGUACAGGUUCGACUGGCCGUCGCCGCCGCCGUCGUCGGCGCUCAUCACGACGUUGACCACCGCGGACGCCUCCGCGGCGACGUGCAAGCUCGGUUCGGUGAAAACCCUCUUGCUGCAGCUCGAGCACGACCUGUUCGGCGUCCUCGGCGGGCGCUGGGGCGACCAAUCCUGGCGUUUAGGGUGGAUCGCGUCCGUGUGCGACGCCGCGUUCGCGUCCGACCUCGCGCCGAGGCUGCUUCAGUUGGAGCGCGCGACGCACGUCAACGCGUUCGAAGACGCGUGGCACGCGUCCUUCGUGGACGAGAAAGUCGCCCCGCGCGACGAGGAGGACGACCGGAACUUCGUGCUAGAGGGCGACGGCGUCGGGCCGUCCGAGCUCGGGCGUUUCGUGCCGCCCUCGCUGUUCCACCGCGCCGCAGUGUCGCUCCCGCGCGACGUCGUUCGAAAGCUCGCGAGAACCGCCGGCGUGAGACGGCUGGAGCCGCGUCACGGCGUCUACGGCGGCGGCGACAGAAGGAAAGCGCGCGGCGCGGAGUGGGUCCGUCGCACGUCGAGGAGCGCGUGGAUCGGCGAGGUCGAGCGCGCGCGAUCCGUCGCGGCGCUCGGGAUGUCGCUUCGAGCGCUCCACGCGCACGUGCGGUGGGACGCGCUGGCGGCGUGGCCCGCGCGACGCGGCGCGAGGAGAACCGCCGCCGCCGACGAGCCGCCGAGGCACAUCGUUCGCGAGCGCGUCGCGAUCGACGAGCUCACGGGCGUCACCGAGAGAGAGUAUCUCGUCGUCCCGUGCGAGUCCUUAUCCGCCGCCGCCGCCGCCGCCGCCGCCGCGGACGACGCGUCGCGCUGGACGCGCGAGGCGAACGUUCCGCUGCACAUGCUGAAUGAGUGGACGCUUCGAAACCGCGUGACGGCGUGGGACCACCCCGGCGCGCGCGCGGCGACCGCGACCGCGACCGCGACCGCGGCGCCCCCCCACGCGCCCACCCCGGUGAAGAGCUCGUCGAAGUCGACGCUGACGCGUCUGUACGAGCGGUACGAGCGGCGCGUCGGGAUCGAGUGCGCGGUGGACGCGAACGCGUCUGGGUCGAGCGAGGGGUGGACCGCGGGCGCGCUCCCGGACACGCCGCCGAGGAGUUCGACGCUCGACGAGAUCGCGUCCGCGCGGCCGACGGGCGGAGGCAGAGCCAGCGACGCGGCGAAGACGCGUCCUCGCGCGAGAG